CACCAGUUAUGACAUUAUGAAUGUCCAUUCGUACGAUUUAGUGCUUUAAACUAUAACAAUAACACAAUCACAGACACCGAUAAGUAUUUUAUCUGCUUUUUAUCACCUGUAUCCUCGUCUAGCACAAAGCAUUCAAUCAUGACGGAGUUCUGGUUGAUCUCGGCUCCUGGAGAGAAAACCUGCCAGCAGACAUGGGACAAGCUGAUGGUGGCCACCACUCGCACCAACAACCUGUCCACCAACAACAAGUUCAACAUCCCGGACCUCAAGGUCGGGACAUUAGAUGUUUUAGUCGGACUUUCAGAUGAGCUGGCCAAGUUGGACUCUUUUGUGGAGAGCGUGGUGAAGAAGGUGGCGCAAUACAUGGCCGACGUUCUCGAGGACAGCCGUGAUAAAGUUCAGGAGAACCUGCUGGCAAACGGAGUGGAUCUGAUCACCUACACCACGAGGUUCCAGUGGGAUAUGGCAAAAUACCCCAUUAAGCAAUCUUUGAAGAACAUAUCUGAAAUCAUAUCUAAGCAAGUAACACAGAUUGAUAACGAUUUAAAGGCUCGAGCUUCAGCCUACAACAACCUGAAGGGAAACCUGCAGAACCUGGAGAGGAAGAACGCAGGGAGCCUGCUGACCCGCAGCUUGGCCGACAUCGUAAAGAAAGAGGACUUCGUGCUCGACUCUGAGUACCUCGUCACUCUGUUGGUGGUGGUGCCGAAGACGAAUUACGGAGACUGGCAGAAGACGUACGAGACUCUUUCAGAAAUGGUGGUGCCACGUUCCACAAAUUUGCUGUUUGAGGAUCAGGACAGCGGGCUGUUCAGCGUCACGCUGUUCCGCAAAGCCAUCGACGACUUCAGGCACAAAGCCAGAGAGAACAAGUUCAUGGUACGAGAUUUCCAGUACAACGAGGAGGAAAUGAAGGCAGAUAAAGAGGAGAUGACGAGGCUCUCCACCGAUAAGAAGAAGCAGUUUGGUCCUCUGGUGCGAUGGCUGAAGGUGAACUUCAGUGAAGCCUUCAUCGCCUGGAUCCACAUCAAGGCUCUGAGGGUGUUUGUAGAGUCUGUGUUAAGGUACGGCUUACCUGUCAACUUCCAGGCCAUGGUGCUGCAGCCCAAUAAGAAGAACAUGAAGAAGCUGAGGGAAGUGCUGUAUGAGCUCUAUAAGCAUCUGGACAGCAGUGCUGCUGCUAUUAUUGAUCAAUCCGCUAUGGACAUUCCCGGGCUGAAUCUGAGCCAACAGGAGUAUUACCCCUACGUCUACUACAAAAUCGACUGCAACCUGCUCGACUUCAAAUAGUCCACAACAGUAAUCUAACAUUGCACGCUGUCACAUCCCUCAGCUCUGUGGUUCAGUCCUAGUGAAGAUGUGUGAGAUGAUGUUUCAUUGAGUUGUAUAUUUAUCCUCCCAUCUCUCUCUCCCUCUCUCUUUCUCUCUCUCUCACACACAUACACAUUCCUUUUCAUUCCCUUUCAUUUUGCUCUGCUGCCCACUCCAGAGUGUGUGACUGCUGUCCUCAUUAUGUUUACAGGAUUUUUUUUUUUUUUUUUAUGUUUCAAAUCUAUAUAUAUAUGUAAAAGAAGCAAUUCUGUGUUUUAAUAUGUAAGUGCGUGCUUUGUGUUUGUUCCAUUUCAGAAUCAUUAAUAGAUAUUUUAUCGUGUGAGGACACUGGUGUCUUUACCUUCUCCGUAUCAGUAGUUCCACACUAUGGAACGAACCGUGUUACAAAUGAUACGAUGACAAACGACGUGUUGUGUAAAUUUGGUGUUGAUGAAAUAUAAUAUAUAUGUCAAAAAUA